AUGACGACGCGACGAACAACGGUGACUGAAAGAUGGGAGUUACAGUUCAUGUCUCUUCGGGUUUUUACAAUUUCAAGAUUUCUCUUCUUCUUGGUUGGACUCUCCCUUAUUUUGUCGCUUCCUAAUUGGUUGCCACCCUUCUAUAUAUCUCGUUACCAGUCCCUUUUAUCGGACUCUCCUGCCAUAGUGUUUUCUUCGAUGUCUCUUUUCCAUUUGAUUGAACUCUUUCUCUCCAUGCCUCUCGUCCGUCAUUCAUUUGGUGAUGAUUUAUUGAAGAUUUUAUUUCCAAGUCGUUGCUUUUUGUCUUUUUUUAUCCUUACCACUUGGUCUGAUAUCUUAUCUCCCGCUUAUUGCACCCUCCCACGGCCUUGGUCUAUUCUCCAUUCCUUUCAACAAAAAUCAGUAGCUGUGGUUUCGCCUAUACUACUUGAUACAUCAACACUGGUGAAUCCUGUAAUUAAGAAUAACUGUGAUGAACUAGUACUCGUUUUACUGAUUCUAUUUGUAGAUACCACAGUUGUCGUCUAUACAAUCAAGAUGAUGCAAAACAUCCACUGGUACCGUGAUUGUCAUCUAUGCAAUCAAAUAAAUCCUUCCUUUUAUGUAUCACGAUUGAUACGUUCGCUUGCCUUCUUCACUGAAAUGACUCUGUUAUGUGGCCAAAUUGAAAUGUGGAAUAUCAAAUAA